AUGGACCUACGGGACCUGCUGGAGGACUGGCCUUGGUCUCUGCAGAUCUUGGGCUCGGUGUGGUUCGAGUCUCUGGGCGUGUGCACGACGAGGAUCUCUGAUGGCAGGGGCAGCCCCCGCUGGGCCCUGUGCCUCCAUGUGCUGCAGACUCUGAGGGUGGAGGUUCCUGCAGAGAGGCUCCUGGAGCAGCAGGACGUGUGUGUGAACGUCCUGGGGCCCCUGACGUCUGACGACUCCUACGUCUGGCUCUUCCUGCAGCACUGA